GGUACCCACAACAGCCCUUGGAAACCAAAGGCAAGAGCCCCACCAAAGCACCUUGGAAGAUAAGGAAAAAAAGGUUGUCAUCUUUUUCCUAUCGUGUAAUCUCCACUGUUUAUGAAAGUGCUGAGCAUGCACAAGAGUCGACUGGAGCGCCGGAUUGUGGGCCUCACCAACCGGUGGCGUUUCCCCAAAGAGCCUUUCUCUGGGGACCUGCUGGCACUUUCCCAGAUGUGCAAGGCUUUGAGCAUAGACCUUGAUGAUGCUCUAAAACAUCCAGACAGGGCAUGCAUUUCAAAAAUUCAGAAACUUUUUUCUGAGAAUUUCAACAACCCGGCCAUCCAGAGUUCUGAGCCAGAUGUGAUUCUUGAAUGCCUAGGCUUCAAAUGGGAACUCCACCAGCCCCAGCUUUUUCAAUCUGAGACCUUGGCCAAACUGUAUCUGGCAGCCCUGAUACAGAGCACGAAUCGCUCCCUGGGAGAAAUGAACAAGACUCUGCAAGCUCAAUCACCUGGGAAGACCAAAGAGAAAUCCCCCUUCAAGAAGAUGAUCGUUUCUCUGAGGAUCAAUGAUCCAUCGGUCACCAGAGUUGCCUUUGCCGCAGCCUUGAAGAAUCUCUACAUAAGCGAAGUGGAGAUAAACGCAGAAGAUGCAGUGGCAGUGCUGGCUUCUGCUAACAUCCUCCAGUUCAACAGCCUAUUUCAGAAAUGUGUGGACACGAUGAUAAAAGCACUCACACCAAGCACCAUCAAGAACUUUUACCUGGCUGGCUGCAGGUACAAGGAAGAACAGCUCACCAGGGCCUGCGAGAAGUGGCUGGAAAUGAAUUUGGUCCCUCUGCUGGGGACACAGCUCUACCUUCGCCAUAUCCCACAGGAUCUGCUCCACAAAGUGCUGCAAUCCCCCAGGCUGUUUACCUUUAGUGAGUUUCAUCUUCUGAGAACUUUACUUCUGUGGGUCUACUUACAACUAAACAGAAAUAUCCAGGUGAUUCCAAUCAAUGAGACUGUGCUGACCUAUUUCAACAGCUUUUCCAAGGACUGUUGCUUUCUGGACCGGGAUAUAGGACAUUGCUGGAUUCCACUCUUCCUUUGCUUACGGCUACACAGCAUCACCAGUGUCAAGGAUCUGGAGGAAUUAAGGCACAUUAACUUCUUCCCUCCGUCCUGGCUCAUCCGGGUUACAGCCAACCAUUACUAUUCGCUGGAGAAUGGUGGUGACAUGGUCUACCUAAAAGAUCUCUCCACCCAGGCUGUCAGAUUUGGGCUGCUCUUUAACAAGGAGUACACCACUCACUCAAAGACGAUUUCAUUAUACGGAUUCUUCUUUGAGUUAAAAGGAAUCAAACAUGACACUACCUCUUACAGUUUUUACAUGCAGAGAAUAAGACACACAGACUUGGAGUCGCCCUCCGCGAUCUGUGAGCGCAGCACAGUCAGCCUGAGAACAGAGCGCUUGGUGAAUUAUGAGAUCAGAGCCCAGGCCCUGGUGAAUGGCAGGUGGCAGGAGUUCAAGACCAACCAGAUCACACAAAAGUUUGGGUUCAUCAAGCCACACUGCAAAAGCCAUGUCUUGAAAGUCCAAAGUGUGGGCAUCCCAAUCUAUGCAAGUUUUUCAAUCAUCUUCCCUAUAUCCUGACAGUUUCCAGAAGAAUCUAUGGGAAGUUCCCUCACCAAUCUGCAUAAAUAGAAAUAAAAUGACAUCAAAAGAG